GGACUGGGAACUGUCCAAUCAGGCACAAAGCUGGAGCAGACAGGGCGGCUUCCGGGAUGUGGCGGGGCCUUUGUCUCUCGCUGCCGCUGGAGCUCUAGGUCCCCUCUUCACUGCUCUGUAUCCUGUGCUCCAGGAAGCCCAGCCUAUGUGGCCCUGUGACCUGCAGGUAUUGGAGAUCCACAGCGAAGACGCCAGGAACCCCUGGAAACCUAGAAAUGAUGCAGUAGUUGAUUCACAAGUCACAAAAUGGGACUGUUGACAUUUAGGGAUGUGGCCAUAGAAUUCUCUCUGGAGGAGUGGCAACGUCUGGAUGCUGCACAGCAGAAUUUAUAUAGGAAUGUGAUGUUAGAGAACUACAGAAACCUGGCCUUCCUGGGUAUUGCCGUCUCUAAGCCAGACCUGAUCACCUGUCUGGAGCAAGGAAAAGAGCCCUGGAAUAUGACGCGACAUGAGAUGGUGGAUGAACCCCCAGAUAUAUGUCCUCAUUUUGCUCAAGACUUUUGGCCAGAGCAGGGCAUGGAAGAUUCUUUUCAAAAAGUAUUACUGAGAAAAUAUGAAAAAUGUGGACAUGAGAAUUUACAGUUAAGAAAAAGUUGUAAAAGUGUGGAUGAGUGUAAGGUGCACAGAGAAGGUUAUAGUAAACUUAACCAGUGUUUCACAACUACCCAGAGCAAAGUAUUUCAAUGUGGUAAAUAUUUGAAAGUCUUUUAUAAAUUUUUAAAUUCAAACAGACAUACGAUAAGUAUUACAGAGAAGUCCUACAAAUGUAAAGAAUGUGAAAAAACCUUUCAUUGGUCCUCAACCCUUACUAAUCAUAAGAAAAUUCAUACUGAAGAUAAACCCUACAAAUGUGAAGAAUGUGGCAAAUCUUUUAAGCAACUCUCAACCCUUAUUACGCAUAAAAUAAUCUGUGCUGAAGAGAAAAUCUACAAGUGUGAAGAGUGUGGCAAAACUUUUAAUCAGUCCUCAAAUCUGACUACACAUAAGAUAAUUCAUUCUGGACAGAAACCUUACAAGUGUGAACAAUGUGGCAAAGCAUUUAUCUGGCUCUCAACCCUUACUGGGCAUAAGAAAAUUCAUACUAGAGGAAAACCUUGCAAGUAUGAAGAAUGUGGCAAAGCAUUUGUUUGCUCCCCAACCCUAACUAGACGUAAGAGGAUACACACUGAAGAGAAACUCUACAAAUGUGAAGAAUGUGGCAAAGCAUUUCUAUGGUCCUCAACCCUAACUAGACAUAAGAGGAUACACACUGGAGAGAAACCCUACAAAUGUGAAGAAUGUGGCAAAGCUUUUAGGCAAUCCUCAACCCUUACUAAACAUAAGAGGGUACACACUGGAGAGAAACCCUACAAAUGUGAAGAAUGUGGCAAAGCUUUUAGGCAGUCCUUAACCCUUACUAAACAUAAGAUAAUUCAUAGUGGAGAGAAACACUACAAAUGUAAAGAAUGUGGCAAAACUUUUAAGCAAUUCUCAACCCUUACUACACAUAAAAUAAUUCAUGCUGGAAAGAAAUGCUACAAAUGUGAAGAAUGUGGCAAAGCUUUUAAUCAAUCCUCAAGUCUUUCCACACAUAAGAUAAUUCAUACUGGGGAGAAGUCUUACAAGUGUGAAGAAUGUGGCAAAGCAUUUAUAUGGUCCUCAACCCUAACUAGACAUAAGAGGAUACAUACUGGAGAGAAGCCCUGCAAAUGUGAAGAAUGUGGCAAAGCUUUUAGCCAUUCCUCAACCCUUGCUAAACAUAAGAGAAUUCAUACUGGAGAGAAACCCUACAAAUGUAAAGAAUGUGGCAAAGCUUUUAGCAAUUCCUCAACCCUUACUAAUCAUAAGAUAACUCAUACUGAAGAGAAACCCUACAAAUGUAAAGAAUGUGGCAAAGCUUUUAAGCGACUCUCAACCCUUACAAAACAUAAAAUAAUACAUGCUGGAGAGAAACUCUACAAAUGUGAAGAAUGUGACAAAGCUUUUAAUCGAUCUUCAAAUCUUACUGCACAUAAGAUAAUUCAUACUGGAGAGAAACCUUACAAGUGUGAAGAAUGUGGCAAAGCAUUUAUCUGGUCCUCAAGCCUUACUAAACAUAAAAGAAUUCAUACUAGAGAGAAACUCUUCAAAUGUAAAGAAUGUGACAAAGCAUUUAUAUGGUCUUCAACCCUAACUAGACAUAAAAGGAUACACACUGGAGAGAAGCCCUACAAAUGUGAAGAAUGUGGCAAAGCUUUUAACCAUUCCUCAACCCUUACUAAACAUAAGACAAUUCAUACUGGAGAGAAACCCUACAAAUGUAAAGAAUGUGGCAAAGCUUUUAAGAUUCCCUCAACCCUUGCUAAACAUAAAAUAAUAUAUGCUGGAGAGAAACUCUACAAAUGUGAAGAAUGUGGCAAAGCUUUAAAUCAAUCUUCUAAUCUUACUACACAUAAGGUAAUUAAUACUAAAGAGAAACCUUACAAGAAUGAAGAAUGUGGCAAAGCAUUUGUCUGGUCCUCAACCCUUACUGAACAUAAGAGAAUUCAUACCAGAGAGAAACCCUACAAAUGUGGAGAAUGUGGCAGAGCAUUUAGCCAACCCUCACACCUCACUACACAUAAGAGGAUGCACACUGGAGAGAAACCCUACAAAUGUGAAGAAUGUGGCAAAGCUUUUAGCCAAUCCUCAACCCUUACUACACAUAAGAUAAUUCAUACUGGAGAGAAACCCUACAAAUGUGAAGAAUGUGGCAAAGCUUUUAGGAAAUCUUCAACUCUUACUGAACAUAAGAUAAUUCAUACUGGAGAGAAGCCCUACAAAUGUGAAGAAUGUGGCAAAGCCUUUAGCCAAUCCUCAACCCUAACUAGACAUAAGAGGAUGCACACUGGGGAGAAACCCUACAAAUGUGAAGAAUGUGGCAAAGCUUUUAAUCGAUCCUCAAAGCUUACUACACAUAAGAUAAUUCAUACUGGAGAGAAACCUUACAAGUGUGAAGAAUGUGGCAAAGCAUUUAUAUCAUCCUCAACCCUUACUGGACAUAAGAGAAUUCAUACUAGAGAGAAACCCUACAAAUGUGAAGAAUGUGGCAAAGCAUUUAGCCAAUCCUCAACCCUAACUAGACAUAAGAGGAUGCACACUGGAGAGAAACCCUACAAAUGUGAAGAAUGUGGCAAAGCCUUUAAAGAGUCCUCAGCUCUUACUAAACAUAAGAUAAUUCACACUGGAGAGAAACCCUACAAAUGUGAAAAAUGUGGCAAAGCCUUUAACCAGUCUUCAAUCCUUACUAACCAUAAGAAAAUUCAUACUAGAGAGAAACCCUACACAUGUAAAGAAUGUGGGAAAUCUUUUAACCGGUCCUCAACCUUUACUAAACAUAAGGUAAUUCAUACUGGAGUAAAACUCUACAAAUGUGAAGAAUGUGGCAAAUCCUUUUUCUGGUCCUCAGCCCUAAUCAGACAUAAGAAAAUUCAUACUGGACAGCAACCCUACAAACAGGAAAAAUUUGGCAAAACAUUUAACCAGUUUUCACACCUUACUACAGAUAAGAUAACUCGUAUUGGAGACAAAUCUUACAAGUGUGAAUAAUGUGGUAAAAGUCUAUAAAAAGUCCUGAAUUCUUAACAGACGCAAGAUUAUUCAUACUGGAGAGAAACUCUACAAACCUGAAAGAUGUGCCAGUGCUUUUGACAACUCAAACUUCCCUAAACAUCAAGAAAAUCAUACUACUGAGAAAUCCUAGAAAUGUGAAGAAUACGACAAAGCAUCUAAAUGAUUGUCACACUUUAUUGUAGGUAAGAUAAUUCAUACUGGAGAAAACUACCAGUGUGAACAAUGUGGCCAAACUUUGAACCAAUGCUCACACCUUAAUGAACAGGAAAGCAUUUAUAUUUGAAAAAAAGUGUACAAAUAUAGACAAAGUAAAAAUGCCAUUAAUACAUGCUCACAUCUUACUCACAAUCAGAGCGUUCAUACUAAAUAAAAACAUUAGAAGUGUAAUUACUGUCAAAAGAUCGAUCAGAAAAUAUGUCUUUAAAGUAAGAAGAGUAUUUUGAAAAAGCAUUACAAAUAUGAAGAGGCAUUAUUUAUGACCUUUUCUAUGGAAAGGUAAGGACAUUAAAAUGUAAGAUGCAUGAUGAAAACUUAAGUAGAGAGGAUCUUUGUGGUUAACUUGUAAUAUUGAGUGACGCAUGAGGUAGGUGUUCAGAUUAGUAUUCUUCUGCAUUAUUAUGAAAGGAAAACAUUCUUAAUUUUAGUUAAAAUUUAGUAUGAUUGUAUUUUUAUGAAAUAUUGCAGUAUAUUUUAAAAUUAUAAAUUACAUGUGAACUUAACUUUUCAACUCAACAUUUUUAACAUGUUAAAUACUAUAGUGAAUUCAAUGAAGUGUUAUUAUGCCUCUAACUUUAACCUAUUCCACCUUACUCAAGGGUGUAAGUAAAAGAUGGUAAAAAUAUACUGUUUGGUAAGAUAAAUGGAUUGACAUCUCUUGUAAUCUUUUUUGCCAGUGACUUAAUUGCCAUUAAGUUAAAGAAUAUUGUUCCUUUAGGUUAAAUUUUUAUUUUUAUUUUCACAUUGAAAUGUAUUCUUAAUUUUUGUGGAUACCUAAUAUGUGUACAUAUUUAUGCCCUAUAUGGUAUAUUUUGAUACAGGCAUACAAAAUAUAACCAUUACAUUAGACUAAAUGCAGUCUCCAUUACCUCUAGCGUUUAUUCUUUGUAUUACAAACAAUUCAUUUCUACAGUUUUAGUUAUUUUUAAAUGUACAAUUAAAUUAUUAUUGACUACAGGAUUAUUUUUAUGGUCAUAAUAAAAAUUAUAUACAA